CAAAGGCGGAGCAGCGGCAGCCCAGGGCCGCCCCCGGCAGCGGGGCCCGGCGGGCAGUGCGGGGCUGGGGCUGGGGCGCUCGCACAAGAUGGCGGUGGGGCGGCGGGAGAGUGCGCUCCCCUCGUAGAUGCGGCCGCGGCGGCCCCUGCUCCCGGCGCCCGGCAGGGCUUACAUGGCGCUGGAGGACCUGCUGCUUUGUCUCUGCUUCUCCGCCCUCGCCGUCCUGGCUGUGCAAGGGAGGCUGUCGGAAGGGGGUUCUCUGGAGCUGAGCUGUAGUGCUGGUCCUGCAAAGGUGAUACUGGAGCCAAACCAGGUGGUGAUUUUGGACUGUAACCUGACCCCUGUUGAGCAAGUGAUCAAUAUCACAUGGAAGAAGAAUGGGUUUCCAUUAGUGGAGCAGGAACAUCUCCACGUGCUUCCAAAUGGAUCGCUCUUCAUCUCAUCCCAGGCUGUGGCAAAGGACAGUAAAUAUCCUGAGAGGGUUGUUGCUGAGGGUAAUUACUCCUGUGUGUCUCACAGCUCCCUAGGGACUGUCACCAGUCAAACAGCUGCAGUCAGAUUUUCAACAUUAUCACGCUUUUUGCAGCAGCCGGAGUCGCAGACAGUGGAAGAAAAUGGCAUGGCCCGGUUUGAGUGCCGGAUCGAGGGGCUGCCCUCCCCUGUCAUCACCUGGGAGAAGGACCAUGAAGCUGUCCCAGCAGAAUCCAGAGACAAGAUGAGCUCUUGCUGGGAACUGGAGGUCUUUGGACGUCUUCACAGCAAAUCCAUAACCUACAGACCACGUGCUCUGCGGUCAUUUUUCCACAUUUUGGCUAAGUUUAUAACUCUUCCCAAUGGUGUCCUCCAAAUCGUGGAUGUGCAGGAGAGCGAUGCUGGGAUUUACCACUGCGUGGCAACCAACACCGCCCGAAAGCGCUACAGCAGUGAUGCCACCCUCAGCGUGGUGAAAGGUUCCCAGCCAGCAGGAGGAGAUGUCACCAUUGUCGCCGCUCCAGAGAACACCACGGUGGUGGCCGGGGAGAGCGUGGUGAUGGAGUGUAUGGCAGCUGCUGAUCCCACCCCGUUUGUCUCCUGGAUACGACAAGAUGGAAAGUCCAUUUCCACAGAUGUGAUUGUGCUGGGCCGGACAAAUCUCCUCAUUCCUUCCAGCCAGCCCCAUCACUCCGGGGUGUACGUCUGCCGAGCCAACAAACCCCAAACCAGGCAGUUUGUUACCGCCGCAGCUGAGCUCCGUGUCCUCGCUACUCCCAGCAUCUCCCAAGCUCCUGAAACCAUCUCCCGCACCCGAGCCAGCACGGCCAGGUUUGUGUGCAAGGCAGAGGGAGAGCCAGCCCCCACCAUCCACUGGCUGAAGAAUGGGGAGCCCAUCCUCUCCAACGGGCGCGUGAAGGUGCAGAGCAGCGGCAGCCUUGUCAUCAACCAGAUUGGCCUGGAGGAUGCUGGCUACUACCAGUGCAUGGCUGAGAACAGCCUGGGCAUGGCCUGUGCCACUGCCAAACUCUCGGUGAUCGUGCGGGAGGGUUUGCCCAGUGCUCCCAAGAAGGUGUCGGCUGUGUCCCUCUCCAGCACCACCGUUCUCGUGUCCUGGGAGCGACCGGAGUACAACAGCGAGCAGAUCAUUGGCUUCUCCUUGCACUACCAGCGGGCUGUGGGAACAGAUAAUGUGGAAUACCAGUUUGCUGUCAAUAACGACACCACUGAGCUGCAAGUCAAGGACCUGGAACCCAACACCAACUAUGUCUUCUACGUGGUUGCAUAUUCCCAUCUUGGAGCCAGCCGGACAUCCUCUUCUAUCGUUGUCCAGACCCUGGAGGACGUUCCUAGUGCAGCCCCUCAGCUGUCCCUGUCGAGCAUGACUCCUGGUGACAUCCGUGUGAUGUGGCUGCCUCCUCCUCCCGAGCUGAGUAAUGGCAAGAUAACCAAGUACAAGAUCGACUACUGCACCCUCAAGGAAGCAGAUCAGGUCACCUCCAUUGAAGUGGGUGGAAAUGAGACCCAGAUCACCCUCUACUCGCUCCAUCCCAACAAAGUGUACAAAGUUCGGAUUGCAGCCAGCACCAGUGUGGGAUAUGGGGCCCCUUCUGAGUGGACCCAGCAUCGGACUCCUGACAGAGACAACCAGACACAUGUCCCAUUUGCCCCAACAGAAUUAAAAGUCCGAGCGAAGAUGGAGUCUCUCUUGAUAACGUGGCAGCCUCCAGCCAACCAUGCCCAGAUAUCUGGAUACAAGCUCUACUACAGAGAGGUGGGCCCGGAGGAGUCCAGUGAUGAGAGCCUUUUGGAUGGUGCUGAAGAUGAGAGCUGGGAUGUAGGACCCAUAAAACUAAAGAAGAAAGUGAAGCAGUAUGAGCUGACUCGACUAGCUCCUGGGAAACUGUAUGAGGUGAAGCUGGUGGCAUUCAAUAAGCAUGAAGAUGGCUACGCGGCUGUUUGGAAGGGCAAAACAGAAAAGGCACCUGUGACAGCAGUAGAUCCCCCUGUGCAGAAGGGGCCUCCGCUGCCUCCAGUCCAAGUCUAUGCAGAGUCCAACAGCUCAACCUCCAUAUGGCUCCGCUGGAAGAAACCUGACUUCACAACAGUCAAAAUAGUCAACUACACUGUGCGCUUCAGCCCCUGGGGCCUGAAAAACGCCUCUCUUGUGACGUACUACACCAGCUCAGAUGAAGACAUUCUCAUUAGUGGGCUGAAGCCCUACACCAGGUAUGAGUUUGCUGUGCAGUCCAAUGGUGUUGGCAUUGAUGGGCCCUUCGGCAGCGUGGUGGAACGCUUCACCCUGCCUGACCGCCCCUCCACUCCUCCGUCUGACCUGCGGCUGCACCCUCUCAACCCCUACGCUGUUCAGGUGCACUGGUGCCCACCUGUGGAGCCCAAUGGCAUCAUUGUGGAGUAUCUCAUCCUGUACAAUGCCAACAAUACGCAGCCAGAUGACAUGUGGACCUUGCUGACACGAGAAGGAAACAUCUUCAGCACUGAAGUGCAUGGCCUGGAAAGUGAUACCAGGUACUUCUUCAAGAUGGGAGCAAAGACAGUGGUGGGAUCCGGUCCCUAUUCCAACGUUAAGGAUGUGCACACCCUCCGGGAGAAGCUGUCUGAUGUCCUGGAUAUCCACUCUGUGACGGGGAUCAUUGUGGGAGUGUGCCUGGGGCUGCUCUGCAUUCUCUUCUGCAUGUGCGCCAGCUUCCGCAACAGCAAGCACAGGGAGGCCCUACCAGGCGUGGAUUCCCAGGCUGCUGGCAACCACACAUACUACCACCGGAGCAGGCAAGGGGUGGCCUCUCCCAGUGCCACCUUGGACUCACAUGAGCUCGAGUCCCUCAUGUCCCCGCUCCCGGAGGAUGCGCCCUUGCCCCUGGGGGACAUCACAGAGCUGACAGAAGUGCACAGCCUCAUCCACAAGAGCCUCCCUGAGGACAUCGUUCAUGGGAAGAGGAAGUCUUCAUGGAAUAAAUCAGCCAACCAGGCCUGGACCAACAGCAUCACCAGAUACGGGGACACCAUCACCAAAGAGCCUCUCUCUGCUGUCAAUGGGUCACUGAGGCUCCCUUCCAGCGCAGGGCAGAAGCUUCUCUUACAAGCCCUGGUUUAUGAUGCUGUGAUGAAUGAGGCAAAGAAAAGCCACCUGCCAGCCAGCCUCCACCAAGUAGAGGCAGACGUCAUUGUCCAUUCUGAUUUUUCAGCCUCUGACAGAGACUAUGACUCCAAGCUGCACACCCUGGAGAGUGAAGAGACAGAAAUCGAGGACCAGGAGCCUGAAGAGCUCCCCUUGGGAGAGCUGGCUCUUCCCAUCUUUCCCAGUUCCCAGCAGGACACUGGCCAAGUGUUGGUAGACUGCAUGGACAAUUUGGAGACUCAGGCCCAGGCUGAGCUGCUCUGUACCGACACAAAGACUGACAAACCAGGGGCUGUUUGCACCCAUGGGCUCACCAAUGGCUUCCACAGGCAUGGGGAAAGUCUGGAUUCAGUGGAGAGUGGAGGUUCGGACUCCAUCCAGGAAGGCAGGGGUGAUAUGCAGCCAGGCAAGUGCCAGUUGCUAUCCACGGCGCCUGAGGAGGCCCUGCUUUGUAGUAACUCUGGUUUAACCAGUCCGUCCUCAGCAUCUGAGAACAUGGUACAUGUCCACAAUCACAAAGAGUGAACUGAUCUGAUUUUAAUCACAGCAGAGCUGAAGCACAAGGAGGGCCUGUCCCUGUGAGGUGCUGCCUGCCCUCGGCUUGCUGACCCCAGCAGGAGCUGGGCAGGUGCAGCAUCUCAUCAGAGGACGGCUUGGACCUGUCAGCUCUACAGAGGCCUUCAGGAAGCCAGGUGGGUUGGUAAGGGCCUGUCUUCUUCCCGCUAAAGCUGAUGAGGAACUAACUGGGUGUUGGUGGGAGCAGGACUGAGCCGUCUGCCAAAGUCUGGUGUGGAACCACAAUGGAACAGAGCCUUCUGCGCUAGGCUGGGGCUAUCACUUCACCAGAGCCCUCGAGGUGACUGGCAAGAUGUCGUUUAAUGCUGGGAAGUGGCGAAGUGCACCGAGCGAUCCUUCUCAACUGCCUCUUCCUCGGAGAGUGCCCAGGCAUUGCCGACUGCCUGGCAGCAUCGGGAUGGAUUCUGACACAAGAGUCCCGGGAGGGGGCGGAAGCCCUGGAAACAAAGGCAGUGAGCUGUAAGCACCAGCCUUUUCUGCCCUCCCGUGGUUAGAAGGAUUACCAGGCUCUCUGUGUGCACUACCGCAGUAACUACUACUAGCAGGCUGAUGUAGUGGCCUUUUAUUACACACUCUACGAGUGCCUCUAGCAACUUGUACUAUAUAGAACCUUCUGCAGCGUCUGGGUUGUUUUACCAACCUGGGCUUUGUUUUAUGUCGGUUCUUGUACCUAAUAUUUUAGGUACACAUCUGUCCUUUUAAUGUACAACAUGUAUUUUUAUUUCCUUGGAACAUCUUUAUAUUAUUUAAUUUUAUAGAGUGAAAUAGUGUGUGGUAUAGAGUAGCAUUUUUACUACGUCUCUCUUUCCUUAUUUUUUCCUCCCUAACAACACAACUACCUCAUGUCUGUUGGAGAAAAAAAAAAAAAAAGCAGCAGAUCUACUCAUUUGUUAUAGUCCAUUAUAGGUUUUAACUUAUUCUUAUACUGCCUUUUUCUAAAGAAUAUGUUUGCACUGGUUGUUGACUCUUCUUUAACACAUAGUGCUACAGAUCUGAUGUCUCUCUUGCUUUGUUUCUUUGACACCUUCCCUACAGCCAGAGAGUUAGGUUGUGUCUCUCUGUAGGACUGUUUUGCAGCAGCUGCCAAAGGAGACUGCUUUAGCUGGCAGGAUGUCGAUCCAUCUUUCCUCAACAAGCUUAUACUAACAAAGAGAAAGAAGAACCAGCAAUUGCAAAAGUAACUUGUGAUAUUGGGGCCAUGUAUUUCUUUUCUCUUUUUUUGGGUGCCCAUGUGGAGACAUCUCAGAUGGUUUUGAUUUACAGAGAGCAGCUCAGCCUUCUGUAAGCAGUGGACUUGCUGAAAGCUUUGGAUGAGCAAGUGAAGUUUUCCAGUCACUUCUGAUAGACCUGGCUGAAGUGCUUUUGGGUGGAUUUUUUUCUGAAGAGCAGAGCACCACAAGAGCUUUAAAAUGAAAAUUCAAUCUUUGGUCUCAUACUAGUCAGUCUGGCUUGAAAACCAUCCAGUGACUCUUCCUGCUGAUGCUGUUUGCUUACUGCUGACAUGUCUCUCAGCCUGGCCCUGCUAGGGGUAGACUUUUCUCUACUCUUUUUUAACCUUUGUCAUGCUCCAGGCUUGCAGGGUUUGACUGCAAGUGCUACAGAUUGGACCAGCUGCUCAGAGGUAACAAGGAUCAGUAAUUCUGUUCAUGGGUGUUUGGUAAAUGUUCUGCCUUCUUGGAGGAUUCAGACAUCUGACCAUUUGUUUAAAAAGCGAAGAAAAAGAUGCCCACCUUCCUCCUUUCUUACUAAAAUUCUCCCCAGGGUAUAUAGGGAAACUGUGUGCCAACUUGAGAUUCUGAAAAAGACCUUAGAUUUUGUUUUUCAUGGUGACUGCUGGGUGGAGGUACCACUGCCUGCAGCAUGGAGAACUUUACUUCAGCAGCACCCUGCAACCCUUUUAGCUCCUAGCUCUUCAGCAGAGGAGAACCUCCAAGCCUCCAUGUACCCUUAUGGGAAGGAUAUUGGAGCUUUCACCUCUCCCCAAGUGGCAGGAUCUCCUCCCAGUAUGUCACACUGUUCUGGUAACUGGCUGUAUUUCCAGUCAUUGUGCUUGUUCUGUUUCUCCAGUUGUUGCUUGGUGUCUUGAGGAGUCUCAGAAAUGCUGUUCCGUGCUCUGAAUAGCCAUGACUCUGGAAUGCUGUGGGACAGAGACUGGAAAUCAGUGCCAGUGAGCAGGCGAAGGCAGGAGUUGGUGUGUGUAUGCUACUGGAGCAAGGAGCUAGAAAGGCAAGGAAACAUAACUGGGCAGAGGAAGUGUGUUAAUAACCUCCAGAACCCACUGCCACAAGACUUUGAAACUCAUGGCUUAGCAGGGUUACAGGUAAGGCAGUGAAGUGUUAUUGCAGGCAAUAAGGGCAAUUCCCAGUUCUCUGGGAGCGGAUGCAGUCACAGAGGUACAGACCCUCCAGCUGGGAAAUGUCAGGCACUCACUGUGGAGGGUCGGGGGACAUUGUGCAGGUCCCAGUUAGUUCCGUGAAGAGUCCUUGCUCUUCCUCAGUGACAGAACAGGUGCUGCACAAGCCACAUUGCCACUGCUGGUGUGCAGAAAAGGAGGGUGGCACUUCUUGAGAAAGCUCACUCCAAGGGAACCCCUGGUCACUUCUUUAACCUCCUAAACCAAGUCACCCACCCUCAAGUGUGCUGAAGGACCGCUCCUGCUGAGCCUCCUGGCUGUCAGAGGGCUGUGCCAGGAGGAGUUUGGCCAGCAGUGGGUAUGACCAGGGCACCAGAGUUCUUCCAGCUCCGUGUCUGGACAGUGUAUCUGGGGCAGGUCAUGAACCUUUCCAUCCAGGGGGAUGGAAGGGGACGGAGGCUUAGUCCGGUGGCUGAUGUAGGAGGGUGCCACAGUUUUGGGGGCACUCCCUUGUACAUGCACCCCCUGCUUUGCCUGGACAGACUUCAGCAAUCCUACAGCCCUGAGCUGAGCGACCUAAAAGCUGUCCCCGCCUGUCACUGAAGCCAGCACAAGCAGCACAGUGGGGCACCAUUCCCCUGGAUCACUUCAGGCCAACCACCAAACCACCACAGUAGUUACAGGCUCAGAGAGCUUUGGGGAGAUGCAGCAGAGCACAAACAAUUUUGUUUACACAUCCCCAAAACACUUUUGUCACCUUAUGCUGAGGCUUGUUCUGAUCUCGUUACACUUCACCAAACUGUACCAGGGUGUGAAGCUGGCAGUGUUUGAAUGUCCAGGAACUGUCGUGGCCAUGGGCUGGUAGGCCAGACCUGAGACGCAGAAAUCCUGGCAGUUCCCUUGGAGCCAAGAGGUCACCACUGAGCAGCAGCACCAAACCUGUCCCUGGACGAACGUGUCCACAGAGAGUGCUGGGUGUCCUUGUCCAGCUCAGCUGCACCCCAGGUCCCCCUUGCCCUGAACGUGCAGGGACCUUUCAGUCUCAGCUGGAAGUGAAUCAAAGAAGACAAACAAUACACAUUUGAUGUGUAAAGCUGAAACAACCAGUGCAUAUAUUUUUUUAUCAUGAAAUAAGUAGCUUUCUUGCAGAUUUCUCACAGGCACACAAACUGUUGAUAUCUUUAAUUACCCAUCAUGCUUAAUAUUUGUUCCUGCACAACAGGUUCCUUUCUGCCUUUUCUUCCUUUCAGUAACACUAAAGAUUAUUGCUGUUCAACUUUUUUGCUGGUGUAUAUUGCUUUACAUUGUUAAAAUGUCAGGUUUGUCUCACUGGCAUAAUUUUCUAGUAUUAAUGUUACUGUUUGGCUACACAACUGUAUAUUCCCCAUGCUGCUGUGAGAGUCACAAUUCUCAUCCUUUUAUUUCUUUUCAUUUCUUAUUAUAUGAAACAUGCAACUCAGAUAAAAACCUCUAUCAGCCUUUUGUUGAUUUGAUUUCUUACUUAACAGGCAGCAAAGUUCUGGUUUAAAUAGUUCAAAUGAGAUAACUUCUAAUUUAGAGUUUGAGAAUUUUUUUACAUUACUAGCUAACAAUCAGCCCAUUAAAUAUGCUGUGUAAGAAAACAACCAUUUUACUAGAACACUGUAUAUGGGUUUGAUCUCAUUAGUAAUAGGUGUUUUGAAGGAAUCAUUAUGUCUUUUCUAAUCAGUACUUUUGUUAGAAAAGUAGUGUUUAGCCAGCAGAAAUCUACCAUCUACUUCUGUUACUGCAUUCCCUUGCUUGUAUUUUCAAGUUAAAUUUCAUUUCUGCACAGUGCAUAAAGAUGUGUAACCAGAACUUGAUCUUGUUUGAAGGUUGUGUCUGUGUUUGGUUCCAUGCUGUACUUUAUUAUAACUUUCUUUCUUCAGAGACUGUUGUUACUCCACAAAUACUCUUUAGUGUUAAAGUGUAAGAAGACAUUGUCCUUAUAUUCCUUAACUAAUGGGUUAUUAAUAAAAUGUUUUAAAAAAAGAGUGGAA